AAAGUUCAUAGCUCCGACAAUCUGACCUCUAUGCAAAAGACUGUUUGUCGUCCACUCCGUCAGUAACUCCUUUCCUGUCAAAACUUUCCCUUCUGCCUUCCCCCGACUCUAUUCCUCUCUCGGUGCGGAGGAAGAACUGAAGAAGCAUAACCCAAACCCUAAAAGAAAUCCGGAACCUCAUCAAAAUUCUAUUUACCAGUACCUAAGCCACGAGCAAGCACAUCUUUUUUUGGUGCCAAAAUUCGUACCAAUUUCAGACCCGUCUCUCUAUAUUCCUUGCUGUUUUGUUGGAAAAAAGAACCUCCACAACUACAAGAAAGAACUCAUCUUUAGUUCCACUCCUCUCUCUCUCUCUCAAAUGCACUUGUUCUUGUAACAUAGCCGAAAGAACCCAUUUUUCUGUUAGAAGGAAGGAUGCCAGAUCAAAAACCCAUCUCCCACAACACUCUCUGCUUGCUGCUUUUGCUCUCAAUCUUCGCCAAUGUAGGUCUUGUUAGCUCCAAGUCCACCAUUGAGCCCUGCUCCAACUCCGACUCGUGCAACGCCCUGCUGGGCUACACCCUCUACACCGACCUCAAGGUCUCCGAGGUGGCUUCCCUUUUCCAAGUCGACCCCAUUGCCAUCCUCACCGCCAAUGCCAUUGAUAUCUCCUACCCGGACGUGGAGAACCACAUUCUCCCCUCCCAGCUCUUCGUCAAAAUCCCCAUCGCCUGUUCCUGCGUCGACGGCAUUCGCAAAUCGGUCUCCACCAAGUACAAGACCCGCCCCUCUGACACGCUAUCGUCCAUUGCCGAUUCCAUAUAUUCGGGAUUGGUCUCUGCCGACCAGAUUGGGGAGGCCAACUCGGUGACGGACCCGUCUGUUCUCGACGUGGGGCAGACCCUUGUGGUGCCGCUCCCGUGUACUUGCUUCAACGGGACCGACAAUGCCCUGCCUGCUAUCUAUUUGUCGUACGUGGUGAGGCCGGUGGACACAUUAACCGGGAUUGCGGCGAGGUAUUUGACUACUAUUACUGAUUUGAUGAAUGUGAAUGCCAUGGGGGGUACAGCUAUCAAGGCAGGAGAUAUACUUGCUGUUCCGUUGCCAGCCUGCGCAUCUAAUUUUCCAAGAUAUUCCUCGGAUUAUGGCUUGAUUGUACCAAAUGGAAGCUAUGCCAUUACAGCGAGUCAUUGUGUGCAAUGCAGUUGUGGGCCUGGGAACCUCAAAUUGUACUGCAUGCCUGCUUCGUUAGCUGUUUCUUGUUCAAGCAUGCAAUGUCGAAACAGUAACCUCAUGCUUGGAAAUGUCACGGUGCAGCAGACUGGUGGUGGGUGCAAUGUUACUUCUUGUAGUUAUGGUGGCUAUGUCAAUGGGUCCAUUAUCACUAGUUUGUCUACAUAUCUUCAACCUCGAUGCCCCGGGGGCCAGCAAUUUCCUACACUUAUAGACCCACCUACUUCAGUGGUACGGGAGUCAAUGUUUGCGCCUUCUCCUUCGCCUUCAUCUCAGUCUGAUGGUGCUGGAACAACACCCAAGUCUUCAGUGGUUCCGACCACGACUGGGUCACUUCCUGGAUUUCCCCCUGCCAGCAGUCCUAUUGGGAGUACUUCUCAUGCUUGCUCCCUGAGGAAGUCGUUAGCCACUUCUCCAUUUGCACUUGUCUUACUUUUAUUUGUCAAGUUCUUACUGUCCAUGUCAUUGUAAUUUUGCUGGUAUAUGGUAUGCCUUCAUGGUCGCACCGUGGGUGUUCCACCUGGUUAUGUUUUUGACUGGUCCUAGUUGUCUGUUGUAUGCAACUCUUGUUUAUUUGUUUGUACUAUUAAACCGAUUUGUGGUUGCGGUGAAUUUUGUUUUCUGGAUGCGCCUAGUGUGUUGUUUUACUUAACUGCCGUACAAUUUGCUCUGAGUUAUGACCUAUUGCCUUUCUGUAAUCUAUUCUAGUUAUCAUUAUCAGAGCAUUAAGAAGUUGUCUU